AUGGCUUCUCACUCCAUUGUUACCCAUGAUACAAACAGAGAGAGAAAAAGAAAAAGAAAGACGAGUCAGCGGUCAUGGUCGGAUCUCCCUGAAGAUAUACUACGGUUAGUAGUCCAACGGUUAUACUUAGUUGAUCGAUUCCACCUACGUCAAGUUUGCAAGAAUUGGCUACUAACACCCAUCCAUGACAUUGCAUCUAUUGAUAAAUUGCCAUGGGUAUUGAAUUAUUGCUUUUCACCUCAUCGUACCAUAUGCUCACUCUCUGACCCUUAUCGUAAGCUGCCUUACAUUAUAGAAGAGGAAAGGGGGUGGGACGAUGAAAGGGGGUGGAUACCGGCAGGGAGCUUGUUGUUCCGUGCAACAGCCUAUGCUUCAAGAUAUGGUUGGGUGCUUUUCUCUGAAAAGAUUAGACAAGUCGUCCAUUCUACUUUGUAUCAUGUGCGUCAGUAUUAUGUUUAUAAUCCUCUCACUAAAGAUAUCAUAUCACUGCCUAGACUAGAGUUGCCACAAAAUGACUAUCAUGAUGAGCACUUCGCCACCUUCUCCUCUAAUCCAACUUCUCCUGACUGUCUGUUCGUUGUGCCCACCCUAUGUAAUAGGGGCAUAUAUUUCUUCAUCAGCACAUACGCCGUUGGGGACAAAACAUGGAAGACUCAUAAAUUUAUUUGUCGAUAUCCAUACUAUUUCUCUUUCUCUACUCAUGAUAUGGCCUACAUGGAGGGAAGUUUUUACUGUUAUAAUAGAGAAAAAGAGUUGUCAUCCUUCCAUAUUGCUACGCAAGAGUGGAGGCUGCUUUCGAAUGAACCCCCCUUGUCCGAUGAAUGGAAAUUUACGCGCUAUUUUGUUGCAUAUGGUGGGCAUCUGCAUCUAGCAUAUCUCACCAAAUUAGAGGGUGAUGCGGCGCCUGGGUGCAAUAUAUUCAGGUAUGAUUGGUUGGAUGGGACUUGGAAAAAGAUGGAAAGCCUGGAGGGUGGAGCAUUGUUUCUUGGGAAGCCUUCGUUUGGGUUUACAGGAGGAGAGCAAACAAAAAUGGUUGCAAACAGGGUGUACUAUUUCUCUUCCCACACCUCCCGGCCCAGCUUCCUCGUCUACGGGUCGGCAGGUAUGGAAGAGAAGUCCGACAAGUCCGUGUGCUCCCAGACCUCCCAGAAUAAAAUAUAUUACGACUCGUGGCCAGAGAAAAGUAAGAGUUUGGGUGAGAGCGGAAGUCGGAUGUGGAUGGAACCUCCUUCCUCGAUGCCUUAA